UACAUAUUUAUACACCAAAAUACAUUUCCCCUACCAAUAGAGUUUGAAAGCUUUUUUUGUAUCCUGUAAGUUUUAUUCUCUAAAAAAAUUACCAACUUUUCUAAUAACGACCUAUGGAUCAGAGAAGGGAGGCACAAGCUAACGAGAUUAAUGGGAGUCGGAGCAAUGAAAACGACAGCGUUUCGUCGAAGGGGCCAGCGCUGCGGCUGUACCCAUGUGUAGAGAAGAAGGCGGAGAAGUAUGAGGAUUUAGAAGAAGAAUUGGAGUUCAGCCCACAUCUAUACAGUGCUCUUGAGCGGCAUCUUCCGACCAGCGUCCUCAGUUCAUCUCGAGACAACAAGGUCCAAUACAUGACUGAUAUUCUCCUCCGUUACUCUCCCCGCUCCGAUCGCAGUCGCUUGCAGAAACAUGGAGAAUACAGGCAGAAAAUCAUAUCAAACUAUCAGCCUCUACAUAGGGUGUUAUAUACCAUGCACGCUGCAGAUUUCUUUGUGCCUUCAUUUAUUAAGGCGAUCAGUGAGAAUACGGAGGAAAGCUUCAGAAAAAUAAUGUCUGAAGCUUCUCCAGGUGUUUUUACAUUUGAAAUGCUUCAACCACGUUUUUGUGAGAUGAUGUUGGCUGAGGUACAAAACUUUGAGAAAUGGGUUCGUGAAACAAAAUUCAGAAUCAUGCGCCCCAAUACUAUGAACAAAUUUGGAUCCGUUCUUGAUGAUUUUGGCCUUCAAAACAUGCUUCAGAAGUUUAUGGAAGAUUUUAUACGCCCUAUUUCAAGAGUUUUUUUUACUGAAGUUGGUGGAUCCACACUCGAUGGUCAUCAUGGUUUUGUCGUUGAGUAUGGGACAGACAGAGACAUUGACUUGGGUUUCCAUGUUGAUGAUGCGGAGGUCACUUUGAAUGUGUGCUUAGGAAAGCAAUUCACAGGUGGAGAGUUGUUCUUUCGAGGUGUGCGGUGCGAGAAGCAUGUGAAUUCUGAUACACAACCAGAGGAGAUCUUUGAUUAUGCGCAUAUCGCGGGGCGUGCAAUUCUUCAUUGUGGUCGCCAUAGGCAUGGUGCUAGAGCGACAACAUCUGGGCAGAGGAUCAACUUGUUGAUAUGGUGCAGAAGCUCCGUUUUCAGAGAAAUGAGGAAGUACCAAACAGAUUUUCCUAGCUGGUGUGCAGAGUGCAAACGUGAGAAGGAAGAAAGGAUACGGCAGAAAGUUUCUACUCUCAAAUCG